AUGGGUGGUCGGCGUGACGAUGACGAGGAAUGUCUUCCGGAUCACGAAAGUCCACCUCCGCCGGAAGAGCCCCUUGACCCUUUCGACCCUUUGGAACUUGGACCUUUCACACCGAGUGCAGAGUCCAGAAAUGGCCGUUCGACAAAUUCUAGUGCAGGCAGCGCUGCACCAGCUACAGGAUCUACGGAAGGCCCCAUUCCAGACGAGGAUGGAGUUUUAUCACUGAACCCGUUGGAUGAGCCGAUGACCGAUUCUUCCUUCCCCGACGAUGAGCCACGCCCAGGUCGGAUGGACAGGUGGGGCAGGCGUGAAAGAAGGGGCUUUAGAUUCCAGAGGUGGCUUGAGCACGCUGAUACCCCAGGGGAUCCCUGUCCUGUUCAACCUAUCGAGAUUGUGGCAGAUGACGUUGUCCGGCUUUGUAACCACGAACCGUUAGAUCUGACCCUACCACCGAAUGUUGCACGGGAUGCUCAAAGAUCGGGUCUCAUUAGUAACGUUGACAUCAAAGCAAAGUUUGUGGAGGUAACGCAGCCAGUACAGGCUCCGGGUCAGCCCCAACAGUCGAAUAAUUGGCAACUGUACGUCACACAAGGUAUCCUAUGCAUAUACUUUAUGUUCCGAUAUCGAGGUAGAAGGGGACUUCAUACGUCGGAGAUCAUGGCGGUCGUAUACAAAUAUCUUUGUCUUGGAAUGGGGUCCCUAAAGUCUAUCUAUUACUCUAAAGUAGCCAACCCGAGUGACCUCAGAUUUGUUGCCAGGAUCUACCAGGAGUUGAACCUUCUCCCAACCGAAGACGAACCCGACCGAGAAACAUAUUUGCAGCCGCAAGAAUGGAGACAUGGCUCAUCGGAAUAUAGAGCCUUACUCGGAACAUAUAUGGGUAGAGUUGUGGUCUACAUGAUUUUGGGGGCAUGUCCAGGAAGAUUUAAAAUCUCUCGAGUUGUGACUUGGUAUACUGAAGAUGAGGAAGAAGACACAACAAUACUUCAAAUGCGGUUUGAUCUUGAAUGGAUUUCAGCCUCCACACCUCCUCUUGAAGGUAGGUCUUUGGACCUUAUAGGCAAGCCUGAAUAUGCCAAGAGAAAAGAACGCAUGUCGAGCCGGGGCCGGCCUCGGAUAGCCAAUUCACUUGGUCCUAGGGCUGGUCCUAGAGCUGGUCUUCCUCCAGCUAGACCUACCCUUCCUCCAGUGCUUGGGACUCCCAAGGCGGGUUCAGUCACUCAGCGUAUAAAACUUCCGAAGGCAGCUCCUGGGCCUGUUACUGAGUACGGUCCCCAGCAGUGGUUUUUGGGGCCUCCUAUUCUGCCCAACAGCCCUGAAGGUCCUAGAUACAGACAGAAAGCGGAUGAUAUGUAUAUUGAUGACCCGCUCCCUAAGGCUGGGGCUGAGCACCCCCUGCCAUUACUUUCUGAGUCUCCCCCGGAGGGUUACCGUGAGCCUGUUCACAAGCCUCGGAAGCGCGCUCGUGAGCCAGCUCUUACCGAGCCCGCUCCUGGACCGCCUGCAAAGAAGACAAAGCCCACGGAAUCAACAGAAAAGUCCCGGGAUUUACCGAAGCAUAAGUCUGCUCAAGCUCGUGGGGAACGUGGAAGAUUUGCUAAAAAGCCCGCUCCUGAUCCACCUGCAAAACAGUCAAAAAAGGCAAAGGUAUCACCAGAUGAGCCCAAAAAGACAACGGGGAAACGUGAGGUACCUAAUGGAUGGGAGCGGCCAGCGACAAGAGCCCGCGAGGCCGCUGAAAAGCCUCCUGUUGAAGAGCCUACUGCUGACCCCGCAGACCGCACCUCAAAGACAUGCAAGCGGUGUCGGCAGGAAUGGCCACUGGACCAAUUUCAGUCUGCUCAAUGCGGAGGGCCCGAAACAAAGACCUGCCAGCAGUGCCGAACUGCGAAUGCCAAGAAAAUGGUUGCUACAGGUCGCCGCGAGCGCCCAGCAAAAGCUGCUGACCCUGCACAACCCUCCUCAAAAAAGUGCCAAUCUUGCUUUAAGGAGUGGCCAAUCGACCAGUUCCAACCUCUCCAGACCGGAGGGCCCAUCACAAAGAGCUGCAAGCAGUGCCGGGAUGCCAAGAGAGUCGGCGUUCAAUCUCGCAGUCCACUCGAAACUUCUUAG